AUGGAAGCUAUUGGGGCAGCUUCUGCCAUCCUUGCAAUUGCAUCAGCUGGAGUACAAUGCUCCGUGAAGCUUGUGACUUUCGCAGGACAGGUCAAGACAGCGCCAGAGCAGAUAAACAUGGUCGCUGAAGAUGUGUCACUGAAUGCCAGUAUUUUACAGCAACUGGGCGAAUUGGCAAAGGAAAAUGUAGGCAUCGAACCAUCGGCGUCAGACGACAAAGAUGACAAUGGCAACAAUACCAAUGUGAAAUCGGUCUCUAUCACGACAUCAAAACAGAGUAUCUUCAAUACAGCCGGGCUGGAAACGGUUACGCAUAUAGCGAAAAAAUGCAAAGAGAUCUUCGAGUCCCUGGACGAGAGUUUACGCACAGCCAGCAAACAGCUCCAUGCAAAACCCCGGAUAUUGGGCAAAGUCAAGCUCAGUCGCGCGGAGAGGUUCAAAUGGCCAUUCCUACUUCCGGAGAUUGAUACGAUGCGGAACGAACUCGGAAAUGUCAAGGGGAAUUUGAUGUUGAUACUACAAAUAGCGAUGUUGGCUUAUUCCAGAAGAAUGGUGGGAGGAUAUGGUGAAAGUCAGCGUACCACAGCAAUUGUGACCUACUCCAGAGAGGAUCAGGAGUUGCUAGUUCGAUCUAUUGUUGCAGCGCAGAAAGUGCAGGAAACUUCAAAAGCUUCCAAUGUUGGAUCAUUCAAAAAAGAGCGACCCAUGUUCUCCCAACUAUCCCCCUCGAACCAAGCCUCGGACGUGGAUUCUGGACUGACUGGCACACCAGUGAGUGACCGACAGGAGACAGACCCCAACCCAGAGAACAAUAUCCACGAUGAAUCAUCUAGCGUCAAGCUCAUCUCUCCGAGAGCGUCCAUCACAAACCAACAAAUCCACAUCACCUAUGACACCCGCAUCAUCAAACUCCCAAAUUCGACGGUCGAAUCCCAGCUCCAAGAGUGGAUGGCAGCCUUGGACACCACACUGCUGGACCAGCUGGCUGCUCUGAAUAGCAAUGAGCUUGAAGCGCUAGAUGCGGCGAGUGAUGACAGCGACCGGCCCAAUCUGCAAGAAGAGAGGCUGGAGUGGAUCCGGUUCAGCGGCUACCGUACUCUGAUCCAGGGCAUUGAACAUAUUAAGGCCAGAACACUUACUGUGAUCAUGAGCGGGGUGCCUCAGCCGACUCGACGGCCCGAAAACAAAGAAAAGAAAGAAGAGACACGCAUAACGUGGACUAGGGUUCAUCGAGAUUAUAUCCUUCCGAAAACACUCGAAGCAUUUGGGUUGCCGUGGGAUUGGGAUGAGGAUGAUACCAACUUCCUCAUCAUCAAGAAAUGGAUCGCCGAUGAUAUCCAAGAAUUACUUUUUGCUCAUACCCGACGGUUACAACAGGAUCCUGUUGAAAUAGCAGUACAGGCCUCAUCCACUUAUCGGCAGAAAGAUAAAAUGUUUCUCGUCCGCAAACGCUCGCCUUCAAGGCGAGUUAGGCUUUUCGACCCCGAGGAGCAAUUUGAGACCAUCCUUGAUCGAAAAAAGGCAAAUAGAGGAAAUGAAGAGAAGAACAAAGCGAUGGACGAGAUGAAAGAGAAAGAUCAACAUGAACACGAAACAGAUGACGGCGAGUAUGAUGGGGCAUCGGAAAGCGAUGAUGCAGAAGGCAUUGUUGAUGCUCUAUUGGCCAGAUAUACUGUGUGA